UCUUGGGGGCUGGCCUGGGGGCGGUCAGGGGGUCUCUCCCGCAAACAAACGGAGGUGAUAACCAAGUGGACGCGUGUCUCGUUCGCCCGAGACCAGUAGGACAUUUCUCUCUUCGGCCCGAGUGCUCGCAGAGAGGAAGGGGACGGGUUGGGAGUGAAGGAUGGUGCUGGACAAGGAGGAGAGCGUGUCCCUGGUGUCCAUCCAGUCCAGAGAGAAGGUGCGAGGCUGCGCCGGCUGCAACGGGAGGAUCCGGGACCGCUUCAUGCUGCAGGCCUUGGACCGCUUCUGGCACGAAGACUGUCUGAAGUGUGCCUGCUGCGACUGCCGCCUGGGCCGGGUGGGCUCCAGCCUCUACACCCGGGCCAACCUCAUCCUGUGCCGCCGGGACUACCUCAGGCUGUUCGGAGUGACAGGAAACUGCGCCGCCUGCAGGAAGUUAAUCCCGGCCUUCGAGAUGGUGAUGAGGGCGCGGGACAACGUCUACCAUUUAGACUGCUUCGCCUGCCAGCUGUGUCGCCAGAGAUUUUGUGUGGGAGAUCGCUUCUUCCUGAAGAACAACAUGAUCCUGUGCCAGCUGGACUACGAAGGCGGCCAUCUUAACAGCAACAGCGCGCCCUGAGAGAAGACGAGGUGGACCAGAAGGAGAACCGCUUGGACUUUGUCUCAUUACGACUUUGAAGCUGCUUUGUCUUGAGCUUCAGUGAAGGCUGCCAGUCAAGACCCGACUGACCAGAAAGUUAAGAAAGUUCCGGAAAAGACCGAACGAUUCGAGGACGGAUCUUGUCGAAAACUUCUUCUCAAACUAUAUUUCAUGUUGAACAAAAGCGAGGCCGUGGACAAUCUGGUCUUUUUUUUCAUUGCUUGCGCCAAAGAAAUGCUCUCAUGUUGGAUACAUGAUUAUUGUUGUUACUUUCUAAAGAUGUGUAUACAUAUGCAGAGUUGUCUUAUUUAGUAGAAAUCUUUUACGUGACAUAAAAAAAAAAAUGUGGCGGAAAAAUUAUGACAUCAAAGAACAGAAUUCAUGUUUUUAGCUACAAAAAUCAAGGUAAAGGAUUUUUACACGUUAGACUAAUCCUUUUUUGAGCGGCACCAUAAAUAUUGAAACAUGUAAUAAAUCUAUGAUAGCCUGUAAAAGUGUCUUAUAUAAAUAAAAGUUAUCUAAAGUUG